UUUGAAGUCCUCGUGGCCGCAGAUACAAAGAGUAGGCAGAGAGAUUUCCAUUGCCAAUCUAGAAAACAUCCGUCGAGCCGCCCAGGACCAAGCGAGGCAAGGUAGUAAGAGAGAAGGGGCGUCAGACCACGGCUCUACAGGUUUCCCGUUACUUACACCGUUACCACCUUGUUUCUCAUUUUAUUUCGCGACAGCAGAUCCUCAUUCAUAGCUAUGCCAGGCGGAGACUGAACACAAAAUUUGGGGGGACAUCGGGUGAGAGCAAACUGCGCUUUUCCAACAGACCUGGCAAGAUCGAAUAGCCAAGUGUCAAAAGGCAAGGGAUCGAAAAUCACAAGUUGAUCGUCGUUUUCUGCAGCAACUUUUCUUUUUCUUUCCCGUUUGCAGUCGAUUUUGUCGCGAGCUCAAGACUCGAGGAUAUGCGCCGAUUUCGUGGUAGAGGAGGUUGGCUAUCUUGAUUCUUACCCCGCGCACAUCAUCAAGCCAAUUUUUUUCAGCUCAUCGUCGAACCACCGACCAAAGCGUCAUUGUCACUCGCCAACAAUCUGAGACCGAGAACUUGCACUAGUGUUCCAAAGACGGUACAGCACAAAUCAUUACCAGCAUGUCGCCCCGACCGGUGAUACGGGUCAUCGGCUCCCUGAACAUCGACUUCGUCACACGGACUCCACGUGUUCCCGGGCCAGGGGAGACUCUAUCCGCGACGUCGAUGACGGUCCAUCCCGGCGGCAAAGGGUCAAAUCAGGCGGUCGCCUGUGGGAAAGCAGCAUUCACCUCGCCGACCUCCCAAGAUGUCGUGGUCGAGAUGAUCGGCGCCGUGGGUGCCAAUGACCCGUACUACGCCUCGCUCUUGAAACCUACGCUCGAAAAGAGCGGUGUGAGCACCGCGGGGGUCGAGGAGAUGGAGGGCGUCCAGACGGGCACGGCUACAAUCAUUGUCGAUGAGGGCGCCAAUGGCGAAAACAGGAUCCUGGUGGUCCCCGGAGCCAACGCGCGGGUCGAUGACCUGGGGAAAGUCAUGGAGGCGGCGACCAAAGAUGGCCUCCCGGACGUGGUGGUCAUGCAGGGCGAGAUACCUCGCUCUACCGUGCUAGGACUACUGAGGGCGUUCAAUUCGCCCGAACGCAAGACAUGUGUCAUUUUCAACCCGGCGCCCAUGUUCCCGGAAGGGGUCCCGAUCGACGCACUCCAGGGCUUGGCCGUCCUGGUGGUCAACGAGACAGAAUGCCGGCAGCUGUUUGCGGCGGUCGAGGAGCUCAACACCGUCCCGGUUUCGCGCCCGGACGAAAUCAUGACAGAGUCGGAGCUCGACCGCCUGACGACCUACCUCCACGGCAAGGCAGGGAUACGCAUCGUCGUGGUGACGCUCGGCUCGCAGGGGGUCUACUAUUCCUUCGAGACGGGCGACCUGUUGGAUCGGGCUCUGAUACCGGCUGUGAAGGUGGAGCGAGUCGUCGACACGACCGGAGCAGGGGACACGUUUGUGGGAUACUUUGCGACAGCAGUGGCCCGGCACCUUGCGCGCGUGAAGGGGCUGGAUAAUCUCAACAUCCGGGAGGCUGUCAGUCGAGCGAAUGAGGCUGCGGCGAAGUGUGUGCAGCGGAGUGGAGCCAUGGAGAGCAUUCCCUUCGGAUACGAAUAGCGGCAGUGUGAUGGACGGGGUGGCGAGUCGUCCUUUUAUCUACCACGCACGGCGCCUCGAGACGACUUCUUUGGCCCCGAGCCCCGAUGCGCUGACUGGCGGAGACAUGUAUAGUCAGGAGGAUCUUCUGGCGAUAACACUGACAAUGACUCGGGGCUUGUAAAUCGUGCCCGACGCCCGCGUCUCUUCCUUGUCCUCAUAGUAGGGGAUCUGUAGGUCGCCAGAUCCCAUGGCGAAGAACGUUGGGGCUGUGAUUGGUCGAGUAGGAGCAGCGUGCAGCGCGUGGAGGAGGCGGGUCGAGAUGCCUCGGAAAGGCUGUCGGCGAGCCUUGUGCGUGUGGGGGAAACCGAGGUUCCUGGCAAUCAUCCAAUGCUGACCACAUCCCAAGUAGCUGAGAGGAGUUCUCCAAUGUCAUUCUCGAAU